AUGGCGCCGAAUGAAAUUCGCGAGUGUGUUAGUUCCAGUAAUAAAUGUAAAUUUAAUGAAGAAAAGUGUGCAUUUUGCAGAAAUGUCGGUUGGUAUUGUGACCAGUUAUGUAUUACGUGUUAUAUUGUGUUAAAAGUAUCUGAAAAAAACUGUGAUGCAUCUAUAAACUGUGAAAAAGAAACCAUGUUGACGAUCGGUAAACAGAACAGCAUGAGUUCCGCAAAUAAAAGCAAACAAUCCGAAGUUUGUGUGAAGUGUAAGAAGUUCGACGUAUUUAGUGAUGGGAAGUGCAUCUCUUGUUAUUUAAUUAUGAAGGUGGUAGUAAAAAAUGAGAAACUCAGUGUUUGCUUAGCAUCAACUUCAUCAUACAGCCACGAAAUUGCGCUUCAAGAAAUAACAAACAGCAAACUAUGCUCAUGCAGAAAGAAAGUCGUUACAGGUAUUAUGUGCUUUAAGUGUAAAAUUGUUUAUCAUUAUAACUGUGCAAAGGUGGACUCAAAACAAGUGAUAUGGAAAUGUGAUAAUUGCGUAAAAGUGGGCACUAUAGACAGCAAGGAAGAAAUAAUUUCCGUGUUGUUAGAAGAACUGCAAAGACUGAACGCUGAAAAUGUCACAUUGUCUGCCAGAAGUCAACAGAACAAAAGUGAAUCCCAAGACGAGAGCACAAAUUGUCACCAGCCCAAGAAGAUACCAAAACAUCUUGUUUCUCAGCAGUUAUAUCAUCUGAAUACAAGCAACCGUUUUAGUGCCUUAAGUGAUAAAAUUGAUGAAACAGAGAAAUCUACUCAGGUGGUAGGACGAGACAAUGUUCCUAAAAAUUCGACAAAAAGACCAAUUGAGAGUCAGCCAACGAAUAAGAUUUUAUUACUAUCGGACAGUCAUGGGCGAAACUGUGCAUCAUUGCUAAAUGAAUUUUUGAAACCCAAGUACUACACAUCAUCUGUUGUUAAACCAAAUGCAUGCCUCAGUGGUGUAGUUGAAGGGGCAUCAGAUCUUACUAGUGAUUUCAAUUUGGACGAUGCAGUUAUUAUCCUUGCAGGAAUAAAUGACAUUCGUAAGAAAAACAACUUUAUUCCAGACUUAGAAAAGUUGACUGCAGCACUUGAUCAUACAAAGCUAUUGUUAUGUACCGUUCCCUACUGUUAUGACAAGCCAGAAGUCAACGAAACAGUGUACAGAUUUAAUGAAUAUAUAAUGAAUUUGUCAUCUAAUUUUGUUAAUGUGAAAGUAAUUGAUGUCAAUUUAUUCUUGCAAAGGCCUGAUUACACUAAUCAUGGACUACACCUGAACAAAACAGGAAAGCUCAGACUGUGCAGGAACAUUGCUUCAUCAGUAUCAAACCCAUGGAAACGGUGUGAUGUAGUAAAAACACUUACAACCAGCUCUGCAAGAAAGGUCAGAUUUUGUACCGGUACUGUAGAAACCAAUUCAUGCCAAGAUAGACAGGGAACCAAUGUGAAUACAAGAAACAGAUGUAUAGCUGUGUCUCACCCUGUCACUGCCAAUGACAUAUUAAUACCAUAUGAUGAAGUUCCACCCAAAGAACCUCAAGGACUGGAAAAUAAUUCCGAUGCAGUAUCUCCAAGGAUAAAAGGUAAUCCCCGAUUUUCUACGAGAGAAAGAAGAAUUCCAAAAAGAAACAGUGAUUUUUUAUGGCCAGCACCCACCCGACCUCGCCAACGACAUCUAGUGAACAAAUCUCCAGCUGCGACAUAGGUCUUAAUGUAUCCAACACAGUUUUGAGUGCAACGGGGACUAACGGUGUUAAUGGACAAGCAGACCAGCAGAAGGACAGUAGAGGGGACAUGGACACUGUUGACCGUCC